GGGUAAAACUGUUAGCAUCGGAUAAUUUUUCUAUCUGAUUGUAAACUUGAGAUUUUAAUCAAUCAAACGUGGAACAUAAUAAACAUGAUAAGAGAGUCAAUGUAUUUGAUUUGUUCUGAUAAUCUGAAUUUGGCGGUUGUUUCUAUUGUUUUCCUAAUCAGGGCAAUCGAGUUAACGCCUACUCAGCCUUUGACUUGGAAAGGAAAGAGGCUAAAAAGACUGAAUUAAACAUCAGCGAAGUAAAAUAAAUGUCUUUUCCCAGUUUUUUGUGUUGUUUUAAGUGCUAACAUAUUCUAUUUUAGAACCAGUUCAAUUAAAACCAACUUUUAAUUUAUUUUUUUUAUAAAACUUUAAAAUCUAAUCAAAAUGCCUGCUCCAAUUGAGGAACCUCCACCGGUGGCUGCACCAAAAACAGAAGCUGAAAGGCUGCAUAUGCAAGCACAGUCUAUUACUGAUGAGUCGCUGGAAUCUACUCGUCGAAUGCUUGCAUUAUGUGAAGACAGCAAAGAAGCCGGUAUACGAACAUUGGUUGCUCUGGAUGAGCAAGGUGAACAAUUGGAUCGUGUUGAAGAAGACAUGGAUAAAAUAAAUACCGAUAUGAAGGAAGCUGAGAAAGCUUUGACUGGUAUGGAACAAUGCUGUGGACUGUGUACAUGUCCAUGUAAAAAGCAGAAUGAAUUUAAAGAGAAUGAAUCUACGUGGAAAUCAAGUGAAGAUGGUAAAGUUAUUGCUGGUCAACCAGCUAGAGUAAUGGAUGAAAGAAAUGGAGGUGGACCUAUGGGAGGACAAUAUAUUGCUCGAAUUACCAAAGAUGCUAGAGAAGAUGAGAUGGAAGAAAAUAUGCAAGGAGUAUCUACUAUGAUUGGUAAUUUACGGAAUAUGGCAAUCGAUAUGGGUCAAGAAAUUGGUUCACAGAAUGCUCAAUUAGAAAGGAUCAAUCUGAAAGCCGACUCUAAUAAACUUAGGAUUCAAACUGCUAAUGAGAGAGCACAAAAACUUCUUAAAUAAAGCGACCUUUAUCUGGUAAUUAUUGUUACAUCGAAAUGCCUGAUCUCUUUGUUGAUCUGUGAAGCUUUUUCCUUAAAUUCUACAUCUUCGAAAUCUUCUUCGUCUUCUUUCAACGCUACUACUACUUUUACUACUUCUACUUCUACUACGUCUGCUACCACUGUUUCUUCAAAUGGAUUUAAGUUAAGUCUUAUAGUGAUUUUCUUGCAUGAUAUCAAAAAAUCGCAAUAAAAUCAAAUGGAUUACUGAGAUUCCUAAAGAAUAUAAUAUAUUUAAAACUUAAAACAAGAUUUUAAAAUCAAUCAAACACACAAACAAAUUAAUAAACCAUUCCAAUAUGCAAACAAAACAACAACCCAACAAACAAAUUAUGAAUAACAUUUCACAGAAAUACAUAUUAUAAUAAUGAAUAAUUUACUUGGUUUGAUUCUCUUUGACCCUAUUGCUGUGGCUAACCUUGGAAAACUUGGACUCUUUACCUUCAAAUGUAUUAUAUCAAAUUUUUAUUUUAAAACGAGACAAAAAAUUGACAUUUAUCUUGGUUGAUUUUAAUGGCUAAUAUAAUUAUAAUUCUAACUAUUAUUAUUACUAUUAUUAAUAUUAUCAUUAUUAUUAAAAAACUGUUAUGCACUUCAUCAACUUU